UCGGAUGACACAUUCAUUCAUCGGCAGGAAAAAUGAAAACUGUGGAAGUUGUAAAAAUUCUUGUGCUUUUAGCCUUCUAUAACAUUCUUUUAUCAAAAGCUGUUGUGCUUCCAAAUUUCUAUCCUUUUGGAGUGAGCGAGGGAGACCAGCUUGUUCCGACAAAUGAUGAUGGGAGCUCUGGGAAGAUACCGAUAUCAAUUCCAUUUCCUUUCUUCGACGAGAAUCAAAAUUCGCUGUUUGUCAACACCAACGGGGUGAUUUCUUUUCUGGUUCAAGUUUCACAGUACACCCCGGAUUCAUUUCCUCUGGGAAACGAUCGUCGACUCGUGGCGCCAUUUUGGGCUGAUGUUGAUACAAGAAAUGGAGGACAAGUGUUCUACCGAGAGACCACAGAUUUACAGUUGCUUAAACGAGCUACUAAUGAUGUUACAGCCGCCUUUGUAGAUCACAGAAAAUUCAAAGCCACUUGGCUAUUCGUGGCGACGUGGUAUAAAGUCGCUUUCUAUGGUGCUAGCAAUUACUCACAUAAGAGAAACACUUUUCAGGCGAUUUUGAUAACAAACGGACGACACUCUUUUGUUAUUUAUAAUUAUAACAAAAUCACUUGGACUACAGGCACAGCAAGCUCAGGAAACCAAACCGGGCUUGGAGGUACCCAGGCACAAGCAGGCUUCAAUGCUGGUGACGGCAAACGCUUUUACACUAUCCAAGGAUCUGGCAGUCAUGACGUUAUUAAUCUUCCUAACAAGUCCAAUGUGGCGAGACCCGGUCGAUGGGUGUUCCGUAUUGAUAAUGCGAAGAUCGAGGAAGGUGGUUGCAACACGAAAGGAUCAAUUGUUAUUUCACCGGACCACGCAAUCAUGCUUGGAGGUGACAACAUUCUGAUGUCUGGACCUUGUUUCAAGCCAUCGGAUCACAUCACGUGUGAAUUUUCUGGCGGCAAAGCAACCAACGGAAGUUAUAUUAGUCCAAUUCAGGCAUCUUGCACCAUACCCUUGCUUUAUUUGACGGGCAGGUUGGCAAUAAAUAUGUCAGUUAACGGAGGAAGGAGUUUCGAUUUUCAAGGCAUCAUCACCAUUGUUAACAUUGUAAAAUUCAAGCCGCGUGUCGUUAGGCACAUGGCAAAGAAGUGGAUUGAACAAAGUCAAGUCCGGAUCACAUGGGAUCCAGCUUACCUCGGAGACGAGAACCAGAAAGUAACUGUUCAACUGGCUCGUUUUUCCACGAAGGGCGACGGGCAGGUGGUUUUUCACAGCACAUUCACCGUAGUGGCAGGGCAAGAAAAUACCGGAACCAGUAUGUUCAUUGUGCCAAAAGGAGAAGGUCAAGGAGCAAUAGUUGGGGAUGGCCGCUUUGUCACAUUGGUGAUGGUGAAAAGAAAUACCGGCAACUUCAGCACUACCACCCAGGCCGAGUGGAUCUGGAGUGAUCUUUUUCACUGGGUGAAUUACGAGCUGGCUGGGCAGAGAUGUAUGCAUUGGUAUAACAAGGAGCCUGAUCCAAACAUAUAUACAGAUACCCUCCUUCCCUGCCCGCAAACGUUUCUUCAAGCAAUGGCGGAUCGCGGUCGAUUUAUGUCAGACGAAUACUGUAAUCCAGAUGCCAGGCAACAUUGUGCCAAAUACCAUAAGGGAGCCAUGCAUUGCUUUAGAACAAACAAUCCGAGUGAAAAAGGCGCUGGACAGAAGUGUUGCUAUAAUGAACACGGAAACUUGAUGAUUGGUCCGAAAAAUGGAGGAUCCCUGGACCGCAUCCAUAUUAGGGCUGGAAUACCAGUUUUCUCUCAUUACUUCAACGACCUUUUGCCUUAUUCAGACUGCUGCCUGUUCUCUGAGAACUGUGGAAAGUACUUUGAGAAGAGACCUUCAGAUAACGGCACUAAUUACGAGCCUCCACGGCCAGCCACUGGAAUCGGCGAUCCUCACAUGAUUACCUUUGACGGAGUUGAAUACACCUUUAAUGGUUAUGGCGAGUAUCAAAUUCUCCAGGUAGCUCCUUCUGGGUUCAAGCUACAGGGAAGAAUGCAGCCUUUGAUCAGUAUUGAUGGCAAUAAGACCCGUGGUACAGUUUAUAAGGCGUUUGCGAUGAAGGAAAAUGGCUCGGAUGUUGUGCAGGUGCACAUCAACGGUCGCAGCGAAGUUGACGUUCUGGUUAAUGGAGCUUUGAUGGAAUUUGAUUCACAAAUGAUGGUGGAUCUAAUUGGUGUCACAGUUUUAAAGUACAACAACUCCUAUAAAUAUUCCACCAUAUUUAACUCUGGGAUAUCAGUUACAAUCGAGAAAGCCGAUGACCUUUUACAAAUGAUGCUGUUGGUACCACAGAUGUAUAAAGGAAAUACCAGUGGCCUCCUGGGAUUCUGGGACGGAGACAGAGUUAAAGAAUUCCUGCUCCCUAACGGAACCUUCCUUGACACUAAUUCAACUCAGUCAAGAGUUUAUUACGAAUUUGGACAAAAAUGGGUAACAACUGAAGAGGACUCAUUAUUCACAUACGAUUAUGGUGAAAAUCAUUCGUCUUUCGUCGAUGUGGGGUACGAACCGAUAUUUUUGGAUCAGGAUUUGGUGUUUGAUAACGUAAUCCUUGGUCAGCAGGCUCGAAUCGUUUGCGGUGAUAGCAGGCAAUGCCUGUUUGAUAUUUACAAUACUGGAAAGGUCAGCAUUGGGAUGAAUUCUAAGAAGUCCUUGGAAUCGUUUGUUGCUGUCGUAAAUGAAAUAGAGACCCCAGGCUGCAUACCAAUGGAGAAUGAGCUUCGCAACGGUUCAGCACAAAGAAACGAUUCUAAAGAUGGAGCCAUGGUAUUCAGGUUCUCCUGUGACACAGGUUUCAGUCUCAUAGGCCCGACAGAAAUUAGUUGUUACCGAGGGCAGUGGAAUGGCUCUAAACCAAGCUGUCAACCAUCAGGCUGUAUAUCAAUCGAGAACGAGCUUCGCAAUGGUUCAAUGCAAAUAAACAAUUCCAAAGACGGAGCCAUGUUAUUCAGGUUCUCCUGUGACACAGGUUUCAGUCUCAUAGGCCCUACAGCUAUUCGUUGUUACCGCGGUCAGUGGAAUGGCUCUAAACCAAGAUGUCAACCAUCAGGCUGUAUAUCAAUCAAGAACAAGCUUCGCAAUGGUUCAAUGCAAAUAAACGAUUCCAGAGAUGGAGCCAUGUUAUUCAGGUUCUCCUGUGACACAGGUUUCAGUCUCAUAGGCCCGACAGUCAUUAGUUGUUACCAAGGACAGUGGAAUGGCUCUAAACCAAGCUGUCAACCAUCAGGCUGUAUAUCAAUCGAGAAAGGGCUUCGCAAUGGUUCAAUGCAAAUAAACGAUUCCAAAGAUGGAGCCAUGUUAUUCAGGUUCUCCUGUGACACAGGUUUCAGUCUCAUAGGCCCGACAGUCAUUAGUUGUUACCAAGGACAGUGGAAUGGCUCUAAACCAAGGUGUCAACCAUCAGGCUGUAUAUCAAUCGAGAAAGGGCUUCGCAAUGGUUCAAUGCAAAUAAACGAUUCCAAAGAUGGAGCCAUGUUAUUCAGGUUCUCCUGUGACACAGGUUUCAGUCUCAUAGGCCCUUCAGCUAUUCGUUGUUACCGCGGUCAGUGGAAUGGCUCUAAACCAAGAUGUCAACCAUCAGGUAUGAAGGAGAGCUGGAAACUGUCGUAUGUCCUCGCUUCUGCAGCAGCAGGAAUCGUGUUCGUUGCAGUGGUAAUUGUGGCUUUUUGUUAUAUUAGACAGAGAGGUAAUUCUGGCGUGUAUGAAGCACAAGAGGCUUCACAAAAUGGACAGAAGGUGAAGGAGAACUUCACCUACAUCAACCCAGCUUAUGUAUCAUGCAGCGAUCUGAAAUCUGCUCGAAAAUAAGGUUGGCUUUAUUAUAUGAUCAAAGGUGACAGGCUUGGAAAGUCAGAAUAAACAUCAAAGAAAUGGAAACAAUGAACACCUUCUAAUAACCUAUAACAAAGAAAUAUGCCUGCUUUUCCAACUCUUUCCCAGUCGCUACUUCUUACUUAGAUUAUAGAUUAACAUCAACCCAAGGUAAUAAAAGUAAUAUAGCCGUGAAAUGGCUAACUGAC